CACAAUGCCGUGAAGUGUCUUGCUGUCCAGCGCUCUGAGUCAGUCCGCUUGUCUCCACGAUGACUAAACCUUGUGUACAGUAUGUAAUACUUGGAGUAUUGAUUGCCAUAGCCUGGACUAUUGUGACCUUGCCUAUUAUACUCUAUCACCUACCAGUGAGUAUGAUGGACCAUACAGUGUAUAGUAACAGAUCUACUGAAGGAAAAGGGAGAUCUCCAUUUAAUUACACAAUGGAUAAUGUUGCAGCAGUAAAUGAAAGCUGCCCUCUCUGUUUCGAGAACUUCUAUUGCAAGCCUGGCAGUCAUAGCUGUGUCCCAAACUGUGAUUGGACGGAGUACACAGAGCCAACCAAUACCAUCAUCAACGUGUUUGUGAUUGUCAUAUGCUCCAUGAGUGUACUGUUUGGAGUGCUCACACUUACCCUUGCAGUUGUCCGGCGGAACAGAAUGUGUAGCUUCCCUUCCGUAAUUGUCAUCUAUCAAACUGUGGCAGCACUCAUUAUCUCUAUAUUUGUCCUAUUGGGGUACAUGAACCAGAAGUCUCUCUAUUGCUGGGCGAGCAAUGACCUCGCUGAAAGUGUGACACAUUCGACACCUUUCUGUGUCAUCUCAGGCAUCGCGAUCCUUUAUCUACUCAUGUUCUUAUCUCUGUGUUGGAUUUGCCACAUUUCAAUUAUGUACUGGAAACUGCAGUUUCCAUUUCAUGCUCGGAACUUUGCAAUUGAUGGCAAAAUGAAGUACAUUCACAUAAUGUGUGUAAUAGCCAUCAUAUUGUUAUCCUCUGUUCCUAUCAUUUCCAUCAUCCUGGUGGACUGGAGGCAAAGACAGAAUGGUGAAAAUGUCAUGGGCACUCUCGGCUUUGGAAUCACUCGCUUUCAACCCAUUACAUGCACUGCCAUGAAUCGUAACAGUCUCUAUUACUCUCUGGUCCUGCCCAUCAACCUGAUGGUCCCUGUGGGAGUCACUCUACUCAUUCUCAUUCUAUGGAUCAUACAUAAGAACUACAAGAUGAGCAAGGAAACGGAUGAGAAACAAGGAAUCAAGAUCAGUUCAGCUGAGAGCAAGAUCUUGUUCAUCCUCUGCUACUAUGUUGUCAUGACGGUGAUAGCGCUGAGUGGUCUCACCAUUAUCAGUUGGAAGGGCCCAGCGUUUGUACAAGCUUACUUCCAUUACUUCCUCUGUGAGAGAGCCGGCUAUAAUCCCGACAGUCCGUGUGAUAGGUCAAAGAUAGAUGAUCUACAUCAAGCAGGGCUGGUUGCUAUCUCCUUCAUAUUUGUGGGACUUUUCCCAGUCAUCAAUUUUAUUUUUACGGCCAAUUUCAGAGAAAUUGCGAAUGCUCUGACCAAGUGUUGCCAUCGGAAACAGGAGAUUGAGAGAAACAAGGAGAGACAGUCUCUGAUAACCAAGGACUCUGUUAAGUCUCACUCAGACACCGAGUAUUCCACUGAACAUGAAGACUAACAAACGAAUGAACAAUAACAAUUUAGUUAAUAAAUUGAACAUCAUGAGAUAAUUAUUGAUAAGAAAAUUAAUGUGUUUUGGUAAGAGAGUUCAAAAUGUUUUGAUAAAAAAGAGUGUUCAAAUUAUUAUGUUCUGCUGAGUCUCAAA